UUCAGCGCUUUUUAAGUUCCAUUGUGAAGUUGGUUUGAAAAGUCAUAUGAACAAAAAUAGUUAAUUAAAAGAUUUUAUUAAAAUGUCACACAUAUUUACUCCGACAAAUCAAAUUCGAUUGACAAAUGUAGCUGUGGUUCGAAUGAAAAAAGCUGGAAAACGUUUUGAAAUUGCUUGUUAUAAAAAUAAAGUUGUAUCAUGGCGCAAUAAUGUUGAAAAAGAUAUUGAUGAAGUUUUACAAACACACACCGUAUUCACAAAUGUUUCAAAAGGUCAAGUAGCGAAAAAGGAAGAUCUACUAAAAGCGUUUGGAAAAGACGAUCAAACAGAAAUAUGUAAAGAAAUUCUAACAAAAGGUGAAUUACAAGUUUCAGAUCGAGAAAGACAGUCUCAGUUGGAAGCUACCUUCAAAGAUAUUGCAACAAAUGUUGCAGAAAAAUGUAUAAAUCCUGAAAUUAAACGUCCAUAUCCUGUGACCAUUAUCGAGAAGGCAAUGAAAGAAAUUCAUUUUUCCGUAAAACCUAAUAGGAAUGCAAAACAACAGGCAUUAGACGUGAUACCACAAUUAAAAGAAGUAUUAAAUAUUGAACGAGCACAAAUGCGAAUACGUGUAACAAUUUCAGGUAAAGAAGCUCGAAAACUUCGAGAUAAGAUAUCUAAGUUAACAAGUAAAAUUGAGGAAGAAGAUUGGAAUAGUGGAGUGUUAAAUAUGGUUUGUUUGAUUGAUCCGGGGCAUUAUCGACAAGCUAGCGAAAUUGUUACAUCUGAAACAAAAGGGCAAGGGUUACUUGAAUUAAUUAAUUUAAAGGAAGUCAAAGAAGGGGAAGAAGUUUUGGAAUAGCUUUAUUUAAGUUUAAUGAAUAUUUUUGUAUUUUA